GCGUAUAGAGCGGCAGCGCUGAGAGAGGCAGAGCGAGAGCAGCGCGCGCACCGCACCUCCCGUUCACUGUAGUAUGGCAUCGAGGAGAAUGGAGACCAAGCCCGUGAUAACGUGUCUGAAAACCCUGCUCGUCGUCUACUCCUUCGUGUUCUGGAUCACGGGGGCCAUCCUCUUCGCCGUGGGACUAUGGGGGAAGUUCAUGCUCGGGCCGUACAUCUCCCUUAUCGCUGAGAACUCCACCAACGCACCGUACGUCCUCAUCGGCACCGGGACCACCAUCAUCAUCUUCGGGCUGUUCGGCUGCUUCGCCACCUGCAGGGGGAGCCCAUGGAUGCUCAAACUGUAUGCGAUGUUCCUCUCGCUAGUGUUCCUGGCUGAGCUGGUGGCUGGCAUCUCGGGGUUUGUUUUCCGUCACGAGAUUAAAGGCACGUUCCUGAGGACCUAUAACGAGGCUGUGCUGAACUACAAUGUGAAGGAUGAGAGGAGUCUGGCUGUGGAUAACGUGCAGAGGAAUCUGCGUUGCUGUGGUGUGUUGAACUACACGAGCUGGUUCAACAGUGUUUAUUACCCCACUAACGGGAUUCCACCCAGCUGUUGCGCCAACAUUUCCGACUGUAUCGCCUCAGACCUGCGCAACGCCACCAUAGCGCCUAGCAAAGUGCACCAGCAGGGCUGUUAUGAGCUGGUGACUUCCUUCAUUGAGACUAACAUGGGCAUCAUCGCUGGAGUGACGUUCGGCAUCGCCUUCUCACAGCUCAUCGGAAUGCUGCUGGCAUGUUGUCUGUCCCGGUUUAUCACGGCUAAUCAGUACGAGAUGGUGUAGCAGAGUGGCUGUAGGAAGCUGUGAAGAGAGUGUAACAUCAUUUCAGAGACCUGGGAAGGAAACCCAAGAUACUAGCACACUCCAUUCUUCUUCUUCUUCUUCUUCUUCUUCUUCUUCUUCUUCUACCUUUCUUUUGUCCUUCCUUUUUCCUCUGCCUCACUCCGUCCUGGUAGUGUAUCAUUCCUGAUUGUGCAUUUUGUGUGCCAGCUUCUCUUUCAGAAAACCUUAUCGUUACUACACACACACACACACACACACACACACACACACUUCACUCUGUACAAAGCCCUGCAUGCUGAAGCAGUUCCACUUAAAACCAGCCUGCGUUUUUAAUCGAUUAACCGAACUCUAAUUGACGUCAGUGCGUCGUAGCUAUAGUUCUUUGUCCGAUACGGUUUUAAGGAAAAAAUAAAUAUGAUGAAAAUAACACUAUAGGGUUUUUUUUCCCUUCUUUUUUUUUCCCGUCGUCGUCGUCGUCGUCGCUGUACGUACGCCGUAGUGACGUCUUCGGAGGAGAAAGGUUACGUUCCGUUUUCCGCUUUUUUUCCGCCCUGCCAUUUUCCGAGUGCCAUUUAAAAAAUAAAUAAUCAAUUUUAAAAAAAAAAAUUAAAAAAAAAGCAUCCUGCCGGAGCUUGUACAGAGUUUUCGUGCUCGUGCUGCUUUUUAGAAGCUCGUCCUGUCUGUAGCUAGUUUGUACUAGCGGGAUGAUGUCACGCGAAGGUGUAGAACGUGAUCAGGGAAUACGAAGCGGUCAUGUCGAACGUCGAACGAUACCGACGAGGUUCUUUCAGUCCGAGAUCACCGCGGAAAAUACCGGAAACCGCCGAUACAAAAACGUAGCACGCUUGCGAAGAGCAUCAGAUCGAGAUUAGCGAUAGCGGAUCGUACGAUUAACGCGUACGCGGUGGAUUUUCGGCCGCAGGUUUCAGCCUUAAGUUUGUGUGAGACCGAUCUGAUUUGCUUUAAACGUCUUAAAUCGUACUGACGCCGAACCCGCGUAUCGAUGCGGAAGGAAUCAUUUUAGUAACUAAGCCAGCACGCAAAAGACAGCUAGAUUUCGCAUGCCGAGUAAGCUAACGAGCUCAACGCUCAACCCCCGACCCCUCACGCCCGCCCCACGUUUACCGCGACCUCUGUUUCCGGAAGUAAAUAUUCCGGCUCCUGCCGCUUAAAGCGUCCGAACCGAAACAAACAACAACAAAGAACAAAGCAGCCGCGAGACGAAUCGACUCGUGAAAACGAUUCCUAAGCAAUAGAAACGGCUGGAAAAAUAGCGAGGCCGUGUGCUUAUCGUGUUCAACGAUAGGAAAGAACUCGUGUUCCCAUAAUGCAUUGCGAAUCAGGUCACGUUCUCUUUUUUUUUUUUUUUUUCUAACCAAAGCGGCUCUCCGAUCCCACAAUACAAGACGGCGCGCGAGCGACGUGGAUUCAUACCGCGCUUAUCCACAGAUAGUGACGUCUCUCGAUUGGUGGGUUCCGCUUUGGAAUUCCGGGUAACGUGAUACAGACACGGUACGAUUUAUUUUGCCCGAUAAAGUCGGAAUCUGAUCGCAUCACGGCUUCGGCGGCUUCCGACGACCUCGUGGCUUGCGGCGAGUCGAUCGCGUCGGGUUUAAAAAACGAUCGAGUUCCGUCCGGGGGGAAAAAAAAAACGGAUCUCGACCCGCGUGGAAAUGUAACCCAAUAAACGUUUCCACCCGGGAACCUUCCUCGGACUUUUUGUUAUUACGAUACGAAUUUCAAGCUGUACGUCUGUCAAAACUGCGCCGAAAUGUACUAACGGAAGACGGACGCUAGCGUGCGAGAAUUUCAUUCUGAGCGUACGUUAAUCGUUUUUCAGUCCACGUGCUACGUGCACGUUAUAGCGCGCGGUAUAUAAUGUGUGCUAACAACACGAACUACGGCGCGGCACGAAAAGCGACUUUGAUACGAUUCAAAUUAGCGGCCGUUUGACAGGUUUCUCGCACGUCUUCGUUCGUACGAACGUUCUGUGCGCGUUCAGGCGGAGAGCGCCGACGGGAAACGAAACGUCUCCUGGCGGCCCGAUGAUUUCUCGACGUCCGAUGAGCGCCUUCCUGAAAUAUCCGACAAUCUGUCUCGCUAAUCUCGGAUCGCGUGACGCGUUAGCCGAGCCGUCGCGUGUCAGGAUUCUAGAACUUUUCCAGAAUAAAAUGUUUUCUCUUUCGCCCGUUCUAGAAUCAUUGUACCCCAGCAGCAUUUGAGGUUUCGAUGCUAGCGAAGAGCUGCUGAGGAGUACUAGCAGCUACGCAAAAUUUGUUUUAGUGCAAUUUUUUUUUUUUUAAAUGGACGCCGGUGAAUUUUCUUGGACAGACAACAGCAAAACUGUUGAGGUUGAGGUUGUUUUAUUGUUUUGUUUUGUUUGUUUUUUUCCUGUUAGGUAAGUCUUAUUCUGACCAAAACUAAAAAUGAGUCCCUUUCUUUAGUAUGCAAAUAUGCUAGUCAGCUAGUGAGCGAUUUUGGCUAGUUUUUGAACAAGUUAGCAAAGCUAGCUAGGUCAGUUUGGGAUUUUGACAAAAAAUAAAUAAACAGACACUAAUUUUAGUCGCGCCAUAGUACGCAAAUACACCAGUGAGCAAUUGUGGCUAGUUAACACGUUCGCCCGGCUAGCUCGGCUAACAGUGUGCUCGACUUACUCAAAACCUUACUCGUGCGUUUAAGAAACAAACUUCAUGAAGCAUUUGUAGAGGAACGGAGAGCGGCUGUGAUCUCGGACUGAGCGACGGCGCGCGCUGACGUUCCAUAUUUCAAUGUGUGUUUGUGAGAUUUUGGGUUUUGUUUUGAUAUUCUUUAUGGUUUUAUUAAGAUUAAUAUGACUGUGUUCUAUGAAUGAAUUCUGCUUUUUACAGCUUCCCCUAGUUUCAGUGAACCGUUCAGUAUUAAUUAGUGGAUAAAAGCGAUAAACAGUCUGUGAAUACGCAAAACAAACAAACAACGGAUCGAACCACGCGAUCCAAAACCGGACAAACGUACAGAUAUUGCCACUUUGUAUAAAAAAAAAAAAAAUGGAACUUUUUAAAAAUGCAUCACCAGCUAGCAUGUGAGCAAAAACGUCUGUUGGUAUUGUAAACGACUGUGAUAUCUGUUAAUAAAAAUGGUUAUUUCAUCGUUGA